UUAAGCCUUUCUUCUCUCUCUCUUCUCUUUCAACAUCAUCUCUCUUAUCAAGUACAACCCCCCCUGAAACCCAUAAAAAAAAUACUCAUAUUCUUUUCACAAAACCAUAGAAAAAAUCAAAACAAAACAAACAGAAUCAAAUACAAGAUCAUCAACUAUACAUUAAAUACAAAUACAUAAACUACCAUACACCAUAACCAUGGAUAGCACCCACUCACCGGCGACGGGUGGUUCCCACCACCAAUCGGAGCCACCACCGCAACCGCAUCUACCACCCGGGUUCCGCUUCCACCCAACUGACGAAGAGCUCGUCGUCCACUACCUUAAGCGAAAAGUCCAAUCUACCCCUCUUCCUGUCUCUAUCAUUGCCGAGGUCGACCUCUACAAAUUCGACCCCUGGGAACUCCCAGAUAAGGCCGUGUUUGGAGAGCAGGAGUGGUAUUUCUUCAGCCCAAGGGAUAGGAAGUACCCAAACGGGGCUCGACCAAACAGAGCUGCAACAUCUGGUUAUUGGAAAGCUACAGGAACUGAUAAACCUGUUUUGAGUAGUGGAAGCCAAAAAGUUGGUGUGAAAAAAGCUCUUGUUUUUUAUGGUGGAAAACCUCCUAGAGGUGUCAAAACUAAUUGGAUUAUGCAUGAAUAUCGCUUGGUUGAUAAUAAACCCAACAACAAACCCCCUGCCUAUGAUCUUUGUCAUAACAAAAAAGGAUCCUUACGGUUGGAUGAUUGGGUGUUAUGUCGGAUUUACAAGAAGAACAACACGAAUAGGCCGAUGGAUCACGAGCGAGAAGAUUCGAUGGAGGAUAUGAUGAUGAUGGGGACACCUAUGUCUAUGUCCAUGUCCAUGUCGAUGCCAAGUUCAAUAAGCAACAUGGGACAACAUCAUCAUCUUCAUAAUCAUCAUCCGCUCACCAAGGUAACGGGUUCUUUAAACUACACCUCUCUUCUGGACAGCCAUGUUGAUGAUCAACAUGGGAUAUAUGAGGGUAUGAUGGGUGGUCAUGCUAUGGAUCCACCUACUAAUAUCUCGCAUAUGCCACUCAAGAGGACCUUGCCGUCCCUAUAUUGGGGCGGCAAUGAUCAUAAUACUGGCGGCGAUAUUGGUUGUUCUCAUAGUCCGAGUAAGAGACUAUCGAUGCUCCAGAUGAGCAACGAGGCCAACAACAAUAACAACAACAACAACAACAACAACACCAAAAUUGCGGGAAAUAACAAUAGCAGUGAGGAAAGUGGAGCAAGAAGUGAUCAUCAUGUCAACAACAACAACAACAACAACAACAACAACAUGAGUUCUAUGUCUAGUCUUCUCAAUCAACUUCCUUCAGAGAUUCCUCCUCCGUUGCACCAACAACAACAACCGAUGUUAGGGAGUCUUUCGGACGGCGUAUUCCGGCAACCGUAUCCUCUUCCUGGAUUAAACUGGUACUCGUAAUCGCCUCCAAGUUCCGGCUUAAGUUAUGAUCAUUAUUCAUACAUAUCUCAAUAAUUCUUAACCAUUUUAGUACCCUAUUAUAUAUACAUAUAUACACUUAGAUUAGACAUAUAUUUUACACAGUUUGAUUAGACUUGUAGCUAGGUAUUGAUUAAUUUUGAGUUUUGGUUGUUGAAGAGAGAUUUUAAAGAGGGGUAAGGGGGAAAGGGGUGUUUAAUUAAUGGGCCUAAUAGUGUUUAGCAAUUAUUGCAUGAUUACCUAGUUGAUAAUGCAGUAUCAACCCCCCCUAACUCUCCACCAAAAGCAGGAAAAAUAAAAUUCAUAUAGUUUACAUAUAUAGUACAUAUAUGUAUACCAUAUAUCCAAGAAGGAAAGAAGGGGGUUAGAGUUAUUGUAAAUUUUAAAAAAGACAAGCUUGAUUGUGAUAAAUUUGCAUUAUUAUUAGGUUACAUAUUAAUCUUAGGCCUUUUGUAUAAAGUUUGUGUUUAAUAAAAUUGAUUCUCGUUCUCGUGGUUAUUAGUGAUAAUGAUUAUAUACAUAUAGAUAAAUUUUUGUUUCUUGUU